UAAGGAAGUAACAACCUCCACUUUGCGUGAUCAGUGUUCUAAAACAUCACUUCACAAAUGUCUCACUUUAAAAGCCAAGUCUUUUGACCUCUUAAUACUUCCUGUUGUCUUCCAUUAUGAGGAGAACCACCAAACUCCAGAGCCCAGAACAAUGAAUCUGAUCCUCUUAUGUCUCUCAUUCUCUUUGAUAUUUCCCAUUUCCCACUGUGCCCUCCAAAAGCCACCCCCACUUCCCAUUUUACCCAUCCCAACAGCUUCUCAAUUCCAAUGGCAACUCUCAUCAAUGGCACUCUUCUUUCACUUUGGAACCAAUACCUUUACAGACUCAGAGUGGGGUACUGGCCAGGUUGACCCUUCUGUGUUCAACCCGACCCGUCUCAAUACCACCCAGUGGGUCCAGGUUGCUAAAGACUCUGGCUUUAACCGUGUGAUCCUCACUGCAAAGCAUCAUGAUGGGUUCUGUUUAUGGCCUAGUGAGUACACAGACUACUCUGUGAAGUCAACUUCUUGGAGAAAUGGAAGUGGGGAUGUUGUAAAGGAGCUUUCUUUGGCUGCUAAAGAGGCUGGUGUUGAUUUGGGUCUUUAUCUUUCACCAUGGGAUAGGCAUGAGGGGUGUUAUGGAAAGACUUUGGAGUAUAAUGAGUUCUAUUUAGGCCAAAUGACUGAGUUGUUGACAAGGUAUGGAGAGAUAAAGGAGGUAUGGUUGGAUGGUGCGAAAGGAGAGGGAGAGAAGGACAUGGAGUAUUUUUUCGAUAGUUGGUUUAGUCUCAUUCAUCAACAUCAGCCUGGGGCUAUCAUCUUUUCUGAUGCAGGUCCUGAUACAAGGUGGAUUGGGGAUGAGGCUGGUGUCGCUGGGUCUACUUGCUGGUCUCUUUUUAAUCGGAGUUCUGCCCAGAUUGGAAACACUGAUCCUAUAUACUCGCAGGGAGGAGACCCAUCAGGUCAUGACUGGGUGCCUGCUGAGUGUGAUGUAUCCAUUCGACCUGGUUGGUUUUGGCAUGCUUCGGAAGUUCCAAAAUCUGCAAUAAAGCUUCUCGACAUAUACUACAAAUCUGUUGGCAGAAACUGUCUCUUGUUACUAAAUGUGCCCCCAAACUCUUCAGGUCUUAUAUCAGAUGAAGACAUACAAGUACUUAAAGAAUUUUCUGAACUCCGAAGGUCCAUAUUUUCUGAUAAUCUAGCUGGGAAUGCCAUUCUUAAUGCAAGCAGCACACGAGGCAGCAUUGGUGAUUCUCGCUUUGAUCCCUAUAACAUCUUCAAAGAAGGCAUUUACACCUAUUGGGCACCCGAGGAGAAUGUAUCUGAUUGGGCAUUACACUUAAACCUUCAAGAGUCGGUAUCUUUCAAUGUUUUGCAAGUACAAGAACCAAUUCACAUGGGACAGCGAAUUAUGGCAUUCCAUCUUGAGGUCUUGAAUGAAGACGGGGACUGGAGGAUGGUGAUUAAUGGCACUACAGUUGGAUAUCAAAGGCUGUUGCAUUUUCCUAAUGUAGAAUCUCAACACCUGAAAUUUGUUAUAGACAAGAGUCGGGCAGACCCACUCAUUUCAUACUUGGGAAUCUACAUGGAUCAGUUUUCCAUUGUGAAUUCUGCAUUUCAUAGAAGCUCGCCAACAAACAACUACAGCAGUCAAGUUCUUCGGCAAGCAAUACACAACCAUUCUACAACAGCCUCUAUUUAAUAUGAAUUCCUACUACAUUGUGCAGGUUCAUUUUCAUUUUCCAAAUCACUGUAAAACAUUUCUUGCAUACCAAUACGAUACUAUCCCAUUCUUGUUCC